AUGGCAAGAUACUCAACGAAGAGGAUGAUGUUUCUUCUUCAGCUUCUUACUCCAAUCCUCUUGCUUCUUCCUCUCUUCAUCUCGUCUUCCUCUGGUGAAGAAGGAGUUAACUCAAGUGAGAUCAGAGUAUGUGUUUCUAAAGAAGGACGAUCUUAUCAACCAUACGAGCUUCUAGAAGGAAAGCUUCCCGAGUCUGCUGAUCUUGAGUUUAAGAAUCUAAACAUGUGUAACGUGUUCCAUGACAAGACUUGUUGCUCUGCUUCUUCACGAAUGCUCUCUGUUUCAUUAGCUCUCCAAAACCUAGCUACUCAUGGAGAAGCUUCUAAAGAUUGCUUGUACUUGUUUGAGCUUUUGGAAUGUUCAAUCUGUCACCCUGACGUUGGAGUUCAAUCUGGUCCUCUUCGCAUUUGUGCCUCCUUCUGUGACAGUGUCUUUGAGGCUUGCUCUGAUGCUUACUUUAGUACUCAUGAUCAGGUUAUAGUACCGUGUGGAGCAAGCAAUGGUACUACCAUCUGUGAGAAAGCUUCUGAGUUGGAGACUAAUGGCACAGCCUUCUGUGAAGCAGUGGGUUUCACUGUUGUUCAAACACCUGAUGAUGAUUCUGUAGAAGCGCCUUGUUACGGAAGCAAAACAGUUUUAGUGGAGGCACUCUUAAAGACUCUGCGGCUUCAAAAUCUCAAGUACAAGCUGGUGACAGUGUAUCUUAUGUGCUGGACUGCAACAUUUUUUGUUCUAUCAACAAUGCUCUUGUUCAAGUUUGUCUCUCUCUCUCUCGCUCUCACUCUCUCAACAUUUAUUACACUUCUUGAAUCUAUGCCUUGGAAUUUGAUAAUACUCAGGUGGAUUCAUAAGAUAGAGAGGGAUGCGAGAAGAUUGAGAAGAUUGAACAUGAAUGGGAGAAGAUUUUAA